AUGUUAGAGCAAGGUAUAAUUCGUCCAUCCGAAUCUGCAUGGAGCACUCCCAUCUGGAUAGUUCCUAAAAAAGUUAAUGCUUCUGGCAAGACUAAAUGGCGACUCGUAGUCGACUUUAGGAAGCUAAAUGAAAAAACCGUUAAUGAUAAAUACCCAAUACCGAAUAUAUCGGAUGUACUAGAUAGCAUUUCCUUGCAAGAGCACAUGGUAAAUCUUGAGAAAGUAUUUCAGAAACUGCGGGAAUCCAACUUUAAAAUACUUACUUAUAAAUACGCUUAUUUAGGACAUAUAAUUAGUAAAGAUGGCAUUAAGCCAAAUCCUAGUAAAAUAUCAGCCAUAGAAAAGUAUCCAUUACCCAAAACCGCAAAAGAAAUUAAACAGUUUUUAGAAGAAAUACAUACUAACACACCGAGAUCAAAUGAAAACAGUGUAUGA